GCAGCGGUGGACGCUGGCUGCAGUGAGGAUAUAGAUACAUUAUUUGUCACGCAACAAAAAUUGGUAAAUCGCAGCUUAUCGUCCUCAAACAGCUAAAUCAUUUAUCUGCAGGAGGUGCGUUGGAUGUAUCCAUGCUUUUGAUUAUUGAAUUGGGACACUGGAACCCUUCCUUUUGGAGAACAUUUAAAGGAGACGUGCAACUUAAAGGUGCACCGUUUUCCGAUGGAAUUUAAUAACGUAAGACAUAAUGGAAUAGUUUAUUUUGACGAUAUAUCAUGUGCAUAGUUUGUGAAACAGGAAACAGAAUAGAGACGCAUGCAUUAAAUGGCUUGCUGCUGCAAGGUGAAACCCUACAGAGGCAGGAGUUCAAUCAACCAGAUGAUGAACAGCUAGAGCUCUUCAGACUCUUCCUCUGAAGUCCAACGCCAAACACACCAGCGUCUGGGGACAACAGUCCAUUUUUAUUAAAGUGCUUAAGCAAUUAACAUGGCGCCCAUAAUGGAGGGCAGGCAUACAGUCCUGUGUCUAUACGAGCCCAUCCGGGAACUGUGCAGUAUCAGCCUUUAUCAACCCAAGGGGAGGGCCCCAGGGUUUAUGUACAAGAGCCACGCCCCUCGGUGGGCCCAGCCCUGUAAUGACCAAGACCAGGGAGAUGUAGAUCCCAUGGCAGCCAAAAGAAGAAGCCAGUCUUCUGAGUCUGCAGGCGAACUCCUCAACUGCUGCCAGGCAACAAAUGAGGCUGUAGCUGAGCUCUGCUGGUUAGCCGCGGAGCACCACCAGUUGCUGGCUGAUCUCCUAUCUCUGUGUGGAGACUGCGCUGACAGAGUCAGGAUGGGUAAUCAGGAUGGGAAGCUCCAGGAUCACAGGGAGGGUUGUGGGAGCUUCUCAGGACAGGUCCUCAGCAGCAAUGCUCAACAUGCUCUCUCUAUGUCUUUGGGGCACGAUAGAACCUCCUCACUGGGCAGGAAGCUGAAGAAGCUGGGGGGAAAGAAGUUAAACAGUGCAGAGGAGUUCCUGCACAGCAAGAUGAAGAAGAAAGUAGGGAUAGGGAGCACUGCAGUAGAGUCUUUAUUUUUUCAGUCCUCGACUCAGACCCGGGAUCAAUCCAACCUCGUCCCAGUGGCAGAGGAGAAAAUGAUUCCUAGUACCCCAGCCUUUCUCCAAUCUUCGGACACUCCAAUGUCAGGCUCCUAUGUCAGUGUGGCCAGCAACCCCAUCCUCAGUAUGGAGGAACACUUCCAUAUCGCUAGAGAGGGCUGGGACUUCAUGGAGGAAGACUCUCGUGCCUCUGAGUCAGACCUGGACUUCUGCAACAACAUGUCUGAGUACGACAGUGAACUCUGCUUGGGCUACGAAGCUUCGUCCUGUAGUUUAUUGGAAGACGUGGAGGAUCAUGUUCAACUAGAGCAUAUGAUGAGUGGGAACAACAUUCGUCCCAUGAGGUCUGAGGACAAGUCAGCCCACCAGCUGUAUGAUGAGGUCAACAGGAGGGACACGGGGGUUAGGGUGGUUGCCAAGGGGCAGGAGAUGGAGGGCACAGUGCAACAUGUUGGCCAUAUUAGCCCAGACUGGUCCAAAGAGUUCUAUCCAGAGACUGAAUCAGAUGUACCUCAGCCGGGGAUGAGCAGCUGUCAGCAAGGGUAUGGGGAGUGGAGGAGUCUAAACAGGGACAUUAAAGAUACGGGAGGGACCAAACCUUCAGAGGGGCUGCAGCUGCAUCUCUCACUUCCUGUUGAGGCCUCCUCUAUCAAAUUCCACAGGAAAAGCCCCUCUUCACCCUCUCUGUGUGGGGUGUUCAACACCUCCUACCCUGCCACCAACAGUCUGCAGAGCAUGUCCCCAGUGCUGUCCCCCCUAUCGCACAAGCUCCCCAGCCCCAAGCUCAACCACCGCAUCCUGCUCCUCUCUGACGUUGACAUUGGCCAGGGGACGGACAGUGACAGCCCCAUGACUGGAUCCGAAGAGAAGCCCAAAGUCACCACAGAGGUCAUAGAUAAGAAUGGCAACAAGCGGACCAUCACACGGCUGGACCUGAACCUCAGCAGACUACCAGGGACUUCCAAAUGGAAUUUAAAUGGCCUAUCUACGGCAACAGACAUACUACGUUACCUACCGGCUGGACAGUCCUAACCAAAGCUAAUCAAGACAAGAAUUAGACAAAUUCCAACUGAACUGUCAACAAUCUAACUCAACUGUACUGUGAUUCAAUCCAUCUGAACAACCUUACAUGUAAUGUACCAUCAUCUAAAUAUAAAGUCUCAGGUCAUAGACAUUAGCAUAAUGGAUGAGCUGUAGAUUACAUUGAGCCAUGGGCUGAAGUUUUGUACAAGUGCUACUGGCAACAUUAGUAGUCCAUGUCUGUGUUUUGUUUCCAUGAAUGUGAAA